GAUGCUAUUGCAUAAUAUUUUCUAUACACGACAUAUAACGUUCAAUUUAGCAGCAAUGGGACUAGAUAAUGAAACAUUAAUGAAAACGCCACAGCAGACGGUACUGUAGGUUUUUUGGUCCCCGCUACCUACACUACUUAGUGGGCGGGGCGACGUUUGUAGUCUUUUAGAGAUAUCAACAACAUGCCGGAGUCCAGAACAGACGAGAAAGGAGAAAAGCCCUCUAAAAACAUAAUUUCAGUAAUUUCUCAGUUCGCUGACGAUAAUUUAACCAUUAUCCGGAACAUCAGUACUGGACUAGCAAUUGCCGGGGUAAUAGUAAUAUCAAGGAGUAUUAAAUUGAUCACUAGGUUUGGAGUCGCCUCUGAGAUCCCAGCAAGGUUCAUAGAGAAGAAUGUGAGCCUCAGAGGGAGAGUCCAGACCAUCACAGAGAUCGGCCUGGAGGUGGAGCACAUCCCCAUCUACAUCCCUGUCCUCUCCCCCCUGCUGGCUAAAGGUGGUGGUGGUGUGUAUCCACUGGCUGUGCGCCUGGCGGGGGUGGAUCUGACCCCAGAGGGGAGGGUGUGGCUGAAGCAGCACCUGAGCCCGGCCCAGACGGUGUGGCUCAAACUGGUCAGCAGAGAGGAGGAGACACUGCACUGUCUGGUGUCUGUUAGCCGGGGGUCAUUGAGGAGUCUGUGUCUGAAUGAGGAGGUGUUGAGGUUGGGGCUGGCACGCACUGUCCCAGUCUCUGGACUCCACCCUCAGUCCCACCUUUACCUGCGACUCCACCAACGGCUGCUCAAGGCAGAGGUCAAGGCCGAGCGGAAGGGGCGAGGCAUGUGGAAAGAGGAUAGCCUAUGGGAGAGGACCUCACAGGCUGUUUGGGACAACUCACUGGUGAAGCUCAUCAGGACGAUCUUCAAGUGGACGUGAUUGGUUGGUUGAUUGACUGGUUGAUUGAUUGAUUGGUUGACUGACUGAUUUCAAGUGGGCUUGAAAGUAAGUUUAUGAAUGUUGCAAGGCUCAGGCCCGUCUCAGAAUACAGCUGGGUCAUUAUGUGUCUGUGUUUGAGAAGUGGAUCAUCUAUUUAACAAUCUUUUCUCCUGUACUUUACUAUCGGGGAAAAGUGUGAAACGAUGUCUCAAAAGAAUGGGGGUAUGGACUAAAUCGUAGACAUGGGACAAAAAUGUUUUGACCUACGUGCUUAUCAAAGUUUAUAUGUGUGUGUGUGUGUGUGUGUGUGUGUGUAUAUAUAUAUAUAUAUUGGAGAUUAAACGCACUGACACGGCAAUGACAAGACAGAAUAGAAACCAGUCUACUUACAGUUAGUGUUCCCCUUCGUGGGUCAGAAAAUGUUGAUGUUUGAUUAGAUAAUGUAAAGAAACUUGGCUGUCAGAAAUCCACAUAUCAAACGCAUUAAAAAAUAUAUAUAUAUAUUUUCCCGAUUUGUGAAAUAAAUAUGAAUUGGUUAAUUCAUUUCUGCAUUGUGUUUUAAUAUUCUAGAUGAUCAAUCAUGAAUGAGUAAUGCUGCAUAUAAAAGCCAUUGUGAAAUUUGAUGGGAGAUUGUGAUGGGGGCGAUUACAAAUUCUCUUUGGGGAGGUACCUCAGAAAGCGCUGGUUGGAUAGAGGGUAAUUUCAUGCUAAUGUAUUUAAAUUAUGCCCAUAUGUAUAUAGAAAUUAGUUGUUAUUUUCUAAGUUAUUCAAUCAAUAUAAUAACCAAACAUAAGGACUGUCAGUGGUUUAACAACAUUGACGUAUCAUUUCAAAGAAUAUAUAUUUUUAAAUAUUUGACAUUCAAAUUGAAUACCUGAAGUCCCACCAAAAUAUCUGGAUUCUAUUGAUUCUCUGUCUCUAAUUAAACAUUUGUUUAUGUGUUAUAGGACAGUCAGUAUUUGAUGGAUUAUUAUUAUUUUUUUUUAAAAUUAAGAGUAGAUUAUGGUACUCCCUUAUGCAGCUGUUACAUUUCAUCUGGACUGGAUGAUUGAUGUAAAUAUUGAAGACUAUUUAAUGGUUCUCAUAUCCAGUUCAUGUUCAGCUAAAGAGGUAGACAACUUCUAAUGUGGGCUAGAGUAACGUGGGCUAGAGUAACGUGGGCUAGAGUAACGUGGGCUAGAGUAACGUGGGGACUAGAGUAACGUGGGGACUAGAGUAACGUGGGCUAGAGUAACGUGGACUAGAGUAACGUGGGCUAGAGUGACGUGGACUAGAGUGACGUGGGCUAGAGUGACGUGGGCUAGAGUGACGUGGGCUAGAGUGACGUGGGCUAGAGUAACGUGUGGGCUAGAGUAACGUGGGGACUAGAGUAACGUGUGGGCUAGAGUAACGUGUGGGCUAGAGUAACGUGUGGGCUAGAGUAACGUGGGGACUAGAGUAACGCGGGGACUAGAGUAACGCGGGGGCUAGAGUAACGCGGGGGCUAGAGUAGCGCGGGGGCUAGAGUAACGCGGGGGCUAGAGUAACGCGUGGGCUAGAGUAACGCGGGGGCUAGAGUAACGCGGGGACUAGAGUAACGUGGGCUAGAGUAACGUGGACUAGAGUAACGUGGACUAGAGUAACGUGGGCUAGAGUAACGUGGGCUAGAGUGACGUGGACUAGAGUAACGUGGGCUAGAGUAACGUGGGCUAGAGUGACGUGGGCUAGAGUGACGUGGACUAGAGUGACGUGGACUAGAGUGACGUGGGCUAGAGUGACGUGGGCUAGAGUAACGUGUGGGCUAGAGUAACGUGGGGACUAGAGUAACGUGUGGGCUAGAGUAACGUGUGGGCUAGAGUAACGUGUGGGCUAGAGUAACGUGUGGGCUAGAGUAACGUGGGGACUAGAGUAACGCGGGGACUAGAGUAACGCGGGGGCUAGAGUAGCGCGGGGGCUAGAGUAGCGCGGGGGCUAGAGUAGCGCGGGGGCUAGAGUAACGCGUGGGCUAGAGUAACGCGGGGGCUAGAGUAACGCGGGGCUAGAGUAACGCGGGGGCUAGAGUAACGCGUGGGCUAGAGUAACGUGGGCUAGAAACGGGCUAGAGUAACGCGGAGGCUAGAGUAACGCGGGGGCUAGAGUAACGUGGGCUAGAGUAAGGGCUAGAGUAAGCGGAGGCUAGAGUAACGCGGGGACUAGAGUAACGCGGGGGCUAGAGUAGCGCGGGGGCUAGAGUAGCGCGGGGGCUAGAGUAACGCGGGGGGCUAGAGUAACGCGUGGGCUAGAGUAACGCGGGGACUAGAGUAACGCGGGGGCUAGAGUAACGCGGAGGCUAGAGUAACGCGGGGGCUAGAGUAACGCGGAGGCUAGAGUAACGCGUGGGCUAGAGUAACGCGGGGGCUAGAGUAACGCGGGGGCUAGAGUAACGCGGGGGCUAGAGUAACGUGGGCUAGAGUAACGCGGGGGCUAGAGUAACGCGUGGGCUAGAGUAACGCGGAGGCUAGAGUAACGCGGGGGCUAGAGUAGCGCGGGGACUAGAGUAACGCGGGGACUAGAGUAACGCGGAGGCUAGAGUAACGCGUGGGCUAGAGUAACGUGGGCUAGAGUAACGGGCUUGAACUGGCAGCCAGGUCUUCCUGUACUAAACUGGGCUGUAGCUAGAAACCAGAAUAUUCAGAAGGCUUAAGCUGGGCCAUGGUGGAAAGAGAGAUGGAGGACUAGAGAUAAUGGAUAAGGAAAUAAUGUUGUUUUCUCCUGUCUAAAUAGUGUGUUGUUUUCUCCUGUCUAAAUAGUGUGUUGUUUUCUCCUGUCUAAAUAAUAUGUUGUUUUCUCCUGUCUAAAUAGUGUGUUGUUUCUACACCUGCAUCUGCACUGUGCUUCUACACCUGCAUUGCUUGCUGUUUGGGGUUUUAGGCUGGGUUUCUGUACAGCACUUUGAGAUAUCAGCUGAUGUACGAAGGGCUAUAUAAAUUGAUUUGAUUUUGUUUUCUCCUGUCUAAAUAAUGUUGUUUUCUCCUGUCUAAUGUUGUUUUCACCUGUCUAAAUAAUAUCGGUUGUUUUCACCUGUCUAAAUAAUGUCGGUUGUUUUCACCUGUCUAAAUAAUGUCGGUUGUUUUCUCCUGUCUAAAUAGUGUGUUGUUUUCUCCUGUCUAAAUAAUGUCGGUUGUUUUCACCUGUCUGAAGAGGCAUGUUUUGAUGUUUCAGAAGUCCAGAUGUUUUUAGCAGGAGAAAAAACAGGCUUCUUUAACUCACACUGUCUUAUCUAGAUAAAGAAAUAAAACAACUUGUUUUUAUUUAAUCUCAAGAACAUAAUAGUUAAAUGGGCAUUCUUUUUUAGGGUCAAAAUACUAAUAUAUUUUAUUUGACAGAAGAAGAAGAAGAAGAAAAGCGGUACAGACAGAUUUGCUAAGUGUUUAUAACUGAAAGGUUUCCACAUGUAAUUUUAAAGAGUUGAAAAACAAAUAAAAAAAUAACUAUUACCUUUUAA